AUGAACAUGCUCCGUUGGAUGUGUGGAGUAUCGCAGAGAGACCGUGUGAGAAACUCCCGCAUUCGCGGCAGUCUUCAUGUCCGUGACAUAGUAGACAAGCUCCAAGAAAGCCGCCUACGAUGGUACGGCCAUGUCUUACGUAAACCGGCAAGUUACAUAGGGAACAAAUGUCUUGCCAUGCCACCUCCGCCCGGCCCCGGACGAAGGGGAGCACCCAAGAAAUGUUGGCUUGAUGUCGUUGGGGCUGACAUGCGUGCUAAUGGUCUCACUAAAAGGGAUGAAGAAGACCGUGCGAAGUGGAGGAGAAGAAGCCGGAAAGCGGACCCCGGGCUCCGAAGCGCCCCAGCUGAGGAUGCAACCGGGAAAUCGUUAAGAUGAGAGAGAGAGAGAUAAUAGCAGAAAUAAGUUGACCCCUAAGCA